CGCGCUCCUUCUCUUUCACUAUCCUCGUCGUUACCAUUGCCGCUUGCCUCGACCAUCAGUCUGUCGAUUCUCCCAGCGGUUAGGCAUUGCGCCCACGCCACUUCAUCGCCCCCUCCCCUCCUGGCGGACCUGGCGCUUGAACCAAUAGAAAGCCGUGCGGCACGACGCUCACGCUCACGACAGCCGCGCCGCUUCUCGCCGUCUUCGCCGCCCUCGCUGCCCCUUGUCCUCGGAGGUGUGAAAGCAGGCUCAUCAUCAUCCUCAUCCCUACAUCUUAGCGGCAAAUCGAUCUCGACCGUCUACCCAUCGCCUCACGCCAGGCGCGUGAUCCUCUCACUCCACCACUUCUUGGCCUACCAUGGCUGCCGUCGCUAUGCCCUCGUCCAACGAGGACCUCUCACGCCAGACAUCGUCGCCUCUGCCUCAUGAUGCUGCGCUCAUGCCUGGCAAUUUCAUCGACCACCUCUACCUCAUCACAGGCAGCAUUCUCAAGACGACGCCGCCAAAGAGCUUGCAGAGCGCCUACGGCUCCCCGCUCAACGGACAUGAAGCUGCGGGCUCCUCAUCAGAUGGCUCGUCCUCGUCGUCGGCGUCAAGUGUCGUGACGCUGCCACUUCCUCGCUACCACUUUGAAGGCGGCAACGAAAAGACGGCAGAAAUCGAGGCCAAUAUCGGUACCCUUGUCGAAAGGCUGUGGCGCGCAGAGAACCAGCUCGAGAUGAUCGCGCAGUCUCAUCCGAACGCUCUCACCAACAAGGGUCCUGCAGAGUCGUCUGCUCCAAGACCGAUCCCUUCGCGGGGGCAAGAGGGCGGUGCGAAGCGGGAAAGCGACGAAUACGAGGCUCCAGCUGGCGCAGCCGCCACCUCGGCCAACAGCGAGCGUCGAUCCAGCUUCGCAAAAUUCCCAUAUCCCAUCUCACAAGACCACCCGCAGUCUUCCUCCUUCCCGCUCUCCUACCCGCUCGGUAUGGGAAGCGACGGUCCUGUUCUCCUCGCCUCAAGCACGGCAGACCCAGAGUCAGCUGUAGGCGCCUUUGAACGAUAUAGCGAUGAGAGCGGGCUGAGCGCCCAAGAUGAGCUGCGACUCCUCAAAGCUCAGGUACAGGACAUCGCCCGUGUAUGCAAGGCCGUGGCGUUUGGUGACUUGUCCCAGCAUAUCACCGUACCUGUCCAAGGUCAUGUCAUGGUCGAGUUGAAGGACAUCAUCAACCAGAUGGUAGAUCGGCUGUCCGUCUUUGCUACCGAGGUAACGCGAGUCUCCCUCGAAGUAGGGACCGAGGGGCGAUUGGGCGGACAGGUAGAGGUCGAGGGCGUAGAGGGAAGAUGGAAGGAGCUCAAGGACGUCGUCAAUCGCCUCGCCGCCAAUCUCACCACGCAGGUCAGAGGAGUCGCUACCGUCACAAAGGCCGUGGCUCGCGGAGACCUCUCCAAGAAGAUUGAGGUCGAGGCGAAUGGAGAAGUGCUGGAGCUCAAGCUUACCAUCAAUGUCAUGGUGGAUCAGCUGCGACACUUUGCCAACGAGGUGACCAGAGUCUCAAGGGAGGUCGGUAGUCAAGGAAUGCUGGGAGGGCAGGCAGAUGUGCCUGGCGUCGAGGGUGUUUGGAAAGAACUCACCAUCAACGUCAAUCGCAUGUGCUCCAACCUCACCGAGCAAGUCCGCAGCAUCAGCGUCGUCACAACCGCCGUAGCAAAGGGCGAUCUCACGCGCACAAUCGACAUCUCAGCCGAGGGAGAAAUGCUCCAGCUCAAGGACACCGUCAACUCCAUGGUGGGACAACUCCGCGUCUUUGCCUCUGAAGUCGUACGCAUGUCCAUGGAGGUGGGAACGUACGGCAAGCUCGGCGGCCAGGCUGUGGUGCCCAACGUCGAGGGAACGUGGAAGGACUUGACCGAGAAUGUCAACAAGAUGGCCGACAACCUGACCUCCCAGGUCAGGGAGAUUGCACGCGUUACAAAGUGCGUUGCUGAGGGUGUCUUGACCGAAUUCAUCAACGUCGACGUCAAAGGCGAGAUCUUGGAUCUCAAGAUGACGGUCAACAACAUGGUGCGACAAUUGAAGCGACUCAGUGACGAGAUCAUUCGCGUGUCAGUCGAGGUCGGUACAGAGGGGCGCCUGGGAGGGCAAGCCAACGUCGACGAUGUCAAGGGCCAAUGGCAAGUGCUCACGCAGCGUGUCAACAUGAUGGCUAGCAAUCUCACGACGCAAGUACGAGAGAUCGCCACUGUCACGACGGCCGUAGCAAGAGGAGACCUGUCAAAGACCAUCAACGUUGAAGUCAAUGGCGAGUUCCUCGACCUCAAGGCCACCGUGAACAACAUGGUGGAGUCACUUCGCACCUUCUCGACGGAAGUUACGCGCGUCGCCAAGGAGGUUGGAACAGAGGGCAAGCUAGGCGGUAAGGCUACUGUACUUGGCGUGGGUGGUACGUGGAAGGACCUUACCGAGUCGGUCAACACUAUGGCUGCCAACCUCACCCUCCAAGUACGAAGCAUCGCUGAGGCGACGACGGCUGUCGCGCGGGGAGACUUGACCAAGAAGGUGACCAUCUCCGUCUCGGGCGAGAUUCUGGAUCUGGUCGACACCAUCAACAAUAUGAUCGAUCAACUCUCCUUCUUCGCCUCCGAAGUCACCCGCGUAGCUCGCGAGGUAGGUACGCAAGGCAAGCUCGGUGUACAGGCACAAAAGAAGGACAUCAGAGGCAAAUGGGCAGAGAUCACGGACAAUGUGAAUAUCAUGGCCAACAACCUCACAUCACAAGUGCGAGCCUUCGCUCAGAUCACCGCAGCGGCCACCGAUGGAGACUUCUCGCGCUUCGUCACCGUCGAGGCGUCCGGUGAGAUGGACUCGCUCAAGACGAAGAUCAACCAGAUGGUAUACAGUCUGCGUGAUUCCAUUCAAAAGAACACCGCGGCGAAGGAGGCGGCUGAGCUGGCGAAUAGGUCGAAGUCCGAAUUCUUGGCGAAUAUGUCACACGAGAUCAGGACGCCAAUGAACGGCAUCAUCGGCAUGACCGCCCUUACCCUCGAGACCGAACUCUCGCGCAGCCAGCGUGAGAACCUCGUCACAGUCUCAACCCUCGCGGGCAACCUCCUGGCAAUCAUCGACGACAUUCUCGACAUCUCCAAGAUCGAAGCCGGUCGCAUGAACAUCGAGGAGAUUCCCUUCUCCCUGCGCGGCAUAGUGUUCUCCGUCCUCAAGACCCUGUCCGUGCGCGCGACACAGAAGAAGCUUAACCUCAUGUACGAGGUAGCGGCCGACUGUCCCGACCCGCUGAUCGGCGAUGCAUUGCGUCUCAAGCAGAUUAUCACCAAUCUGAUUGGAAAUGCGGUCAAGUUCACAGAGGCUGGGGGCAGGGUGGCGCUCAAGUGCUCAUUGGCGAAGCUCAUCUCACCCACUGAGGCGAUGCUGGAGUUCUGCGCCUCGGACUCGGGAAUUGGCAUCAAGCAGGACAAGCUGGACGUCAUCUUUGACACCUUCUGCCAGGCUGAUGGGUCGACGACGAGGAAGUACGGGGGAACGGGAUUGGGAUUGAGCAUCUCCAGACGGUUGGUGAACCUGAUGGGAGGCGAUCUCUGGGUCAGAAGCAACUAUGGCCACGGGUCGGACUUCUUCUUCACCAUGGUCGUCAAGAUUGAUCAGAUCUCGCCGGAGCUCGUCAUGGAGAAGCUGCGUCCCUUUGCCGGUCGCAACAUCUUCUGGCUGGACACCCUCCGCGACACGACGGGCGUUGAGCAGAUGCUGCUUUCACUCGGCCUGCGCCCCAUCACCGUGCACAGCGUCGAGGAAGCGGCCGAGCGGACCAAGGGUAUCAUGCCGCGUAUCGACGCCAUCAUCGCCGACACGUUAAGCGUUGUCGAGGAUCUGCGCACCAUCGAGCAUCUGCGCUACAUUCCCAUCAACCUCGUCUCACCAACGAUGUUGACUCUCAAUCUUACGUACUGCCUCGACCACGGCAUUUCGUCCUACAUCAACACGCCGGCAACAGUUGCCGACCUGCACUACGCUCUCCUUCCCUCGCUCGAGUCAUCUGCAGCCACGCCGUCGGAGGCCAACAACAGCGAAGUUUACGACAUUCUUCUCUGCGAGGACAACCGCGUCAACGUGGUCAUCGCCAUGCGUAUGCUUGAGCGAGAAGGGCACAAGGUCAGCACGGUAUCAGACGGCAAGCAGGCAGUCGAUGCCGUCACGACGGGCAAGUUCGAUGUGGUUCUCAUGGAUGUGAGCAUGCCCGUCAUGUCCGGCAUUGAGGCGACGAAGUGUAUCCGCACCUUCGAAGAGUCACAAGGCGUGCCUCGCACCCCAAUCAUUGCACUUACAGCGCACGCAAUGAAGGGUGACAAAGAGCGAUGUCUCGCGAGCGGGAUGGACGAGUACUGCAGUAAGCCCCUCCGCAAGCUGGACCUCCUGACCGCCAUUAGGCAGGUGACGAUGCACAAGCGCAACGCACUCAUUAGCUCAGGAGGUGGUGGGACCACUUCGUCAACAGCGAGCGCACUUGCAGGUCUGAGCCCGAGACAACAGCAGACUGCAGCAGCGGCGGCAGCGGCGGCGCAGGCUGCAGCACUGAGGGCACAAGGCGGUGGACCGACGGGGUCUACGUGAGCGAUACCGACGUCGGGAUCGGGCAACUCGCUGGGGUAUCAAUCGCAAUAGAUGCGCGCGCGCGGACGGGCGCGAGUGACGAUGACCGGCGGCGAUGAUAAUGUGCGGACUCUCCCUUCCCCCUUCCCCAUCAAUCGCUUCCCGCCGUGUCCCUUUUUUCUCAUUGGUGUAUCAAAUCGUAGCGUGCUCCCCUCUGUCGCGGUCCUCAUCAUUGCGCUCCAGAAUCAUACAUGAUCAUCAGCAC